CACGCGUCUGGCGUGGCGUGCUCGGCGUGCUCAGCUACUGUCCGGCGCCUGGGACCCAGCUCCGGAGCUGAGGGGGAGGUUUGCUGUGCUGUUGGCCGGGAUGUUACAGGCUGUUGGCGCUGUGAAUGAAGAAGAGGAGCAGGCGGAAGAGGAUUGUCCUGAAUUGGUCCCCAUUGAGACGAAACAAAGAGAGGAGGAGGAAAAGUCUGGCCCCGGCGCUAAGAUCCCAGUCACAAUUAUCACUGGUUAUUUAGGUGCUGGGAAGACAACACUUCUGAACUAUAUUUUGACAGAGCAACAUAGUAAAAGAGUAGCAGUUAUUUUAAAUGAAUUUGGGGAAGGAAGUGCUGUGGAGAAAUCCUUAGCUGUGAGCCAAGGUGGAGAGCUCUACGAAGAAUGGCUGGAACUUAGAAACGGUUGCCUCUGCUGUUCAGUAAAGGACAAUGGCCUUAGAGCUAUUGAGAAUUUGAUGCAGAAGAAGGGGAAAUUUGAUUACAUACUGUUAGAGACCACUGGGUUAGCAGAUCCUGGUGCUGUAGCAUCUAUGUUUUGGGUUGAUGCUGAAUUAGGUGUUGAUAUUUAUCUUGAUGGUAUCAUAACUGUUGUUGAUUCAAAAUAUGGAUUAAAACAUUUAGCAGAAGAAAAACCCGAUGGCCUUAUCAAUGAAGCUUCUAGGCAAGUCGCUUUGGCAGAUAUCAUCAUCAUCAAUAAAACAGACUUGGUUUCAGAAGAGGAUUUAAACAAAUUAAGAACAACCAUUAGAUCCAUAAAUGGACUGGGAAAAAUUUUAGAAACACAAAGAUCAAGAGUUGAUCUCUCUAAUGUGUUAGAUCUUCAUGCCUUUGACAGUCUCUCUGGAAUAAGUUUACAGAAAAAACUUCAACAUUUGCCAACAACACAACCUCACCUUGAUCAGAGUAUUAUUACAGUCACAUUUGAAGUACCAGGAAAUGCAAAGGAAGAAAGUCUAAAUGUAUUUAUUCAGAAUCUUCUAUGGGAAAAGAAUGUGAGAAACAAGGAUGAUGACUGCAUGGAGGUCAUACGACUAAAGGGGCUGGUGUCUAUCAAAGACAAACGACAGCAAGUGAUUGUUCAAGGUGUCCAUGAGCUGUAUGAUCUGGAGGAGACUCCAGUGAGCUGGAAAGAUGACACUGAGAGAACAAAUCGAUUGGUUCUCAUUGGCAGGAAUUUAGAUAAGGAUAUCCUUAAACAACUAUUUAUAGCUACUGUGACAGAAACAGAAAAGCGGUGGACAACACAUUUCAAAGAUCAAGUGUAUCCAUAACAUUAGAAGCAUUUCUUAUCAAAAGGAUUGGACGAUAAUAUUGGGAAUCAGUUUUCUUACUGGGUAUAUUUCAGUUAUCUGUUUUUUGCAUUACUUCUGUUAUGAAUUCCAGUGUACUUUAAAAUAUAUUUAUUUUAUAAAAUACAUAAGAUAUAGUAAAUAAGUACUGUAAAGUAUUUGACACUUAUACAAUAAAUAUAAUAAUAUCCUCUGUAGUUUUUUUUUUUUUUUUAAAUAGAUUUUCAAAUAGAAAUACAAAAAUAUCUUUAAGAGUUGGCUUCGGAGUUUACAUAUGUUGAGUUUCUUACCCAUGGAAGUUAUUUAUAAUAAUGCUGAUAAAACUUAAUUCAACAUUGUCAUUUUCCUUUAGAACUUAAGUUUGUUGCAUAGGUAUGAUUUUGUUGACAAAAAUUUUUGAAAACAAAUGUCACUAUUUUUAUUAAAUGAAAUAAAAGGUUUGUUUUGGCUAGAGACUUAUAAGUGGAAGAAGUCUGAGUCAAAGAAAUUAAUUGAAACCAUCUCUUAGUUUUAAGUAGAUUUUAUUUACUACUGGUAUUAAGUUCAUCUUGGUUAUUUUUGAACCUUUAAAAGUUUCAAUAUAAAAUAAAAAGUGACUAGGUACAAACCUUCAGAUAUAACUGCAGAAACUUUUGAUAAUUCAAUGAUCUUUAUAUAAGUAGUUAGUGUGUAAGUAUACAAUGGCUUACUUUUUUCCUAUUUCUACUAAAGGCCAGCAUAAAUUGUAGGAAAAUAACAUUAGAUGGAUUUCAAGAAGAGCUUUCCCAAACUAGUCAUCAUUAAAUAUCAGAGAAGGCUUUCAAAAUGGCUUUUUGAAUUUUUUUUUAGCAUUUUAAAUGGAAGAAUUACAUCUGUGUAUCUUGAAUGGUUCCAGUGGUUGGAGGCUGGCCGAUUGAUUAGAUUAUCUUUUUCCUUUUCCCUGCAUUCUGUAUCUUUUAUAUAUAACUUCUCUAUAUUCAUUCAUUUGCCUCCUGAAUCUGUUGUCUUAAUUCAUGGUUGAGAGAAUAUGCUUAUUUUGUGUUGGCAAAUUGCCCAAUAAAAAGUCAACGGCUAAAAAAUGAAAAGAUAAAAUGGAAUUCUAACUGGAAAAAAAAAGUCAGCUACUUUCUGAGUCAGAUCUGGGCUUUAAUUCUAGUUCUGCUGCUUCUAAUCUUGGGCACAGUAUUUUCUUUGAAAUGAGUUUCCUUAUUUAUAAAGUUGACAGUGAUAUCAACAAUUCAAGGUGGUUGUGAGGAUUAAAUAGGCUUCUAAUGCACCAACUGAGCUCUUGGCACACAAUAGAGAGCCUAGGUAGAUGUUUCUUCCUAACAACUUAAUUAUUUGUUUUCUAAAUAAUAUAGUCACAGUAAUACUUUAUAAUGUUCCUUGGCAAAUAGUUUGUCAUCUCUCUUAGAUCAGGACAAAGGACUUAUAAUUAAUUGUCCUGUUGUGGGAGAAAUGCUUGAAGUAAUAUUAAUCUAUACUCUUAAAAAUCUAUAUUAACUCAAAUAUUUGUUUUUUCCUUUAAAACGUAUUGAUCUUUAAAUGUUUUUUGUUACAUAAGUAUUGCAUGAAUACAUUUGUGUUGUGAAAACGCAAACAUUACAGAUGAGGUCAGUUUCCUCUGACCUUUCUCUUUCAGUCACUGUCAUUUCUUAGGGGUUAGCAAUGUUGUCAGUUUAAUGUCUGUCUUUUGAGAUGUUUCUUUUCACUUACACACACAUGGUUUACCUUGUUUCCCAAAGUGAAUGAUUUUCCAGUGAUUACAGCUUUAACUUAAGCUACUUCUUCAGGAAACUUAUGAACUUGUCAUAAAUAUCCUCAAAGAAAGUAUUUUUAUAAUGCGUGUUUUAAAUAAAACAUAUUGUAAUGCA